AUGAGCCAGAAUUUAUUCUUGGUCAGGGACGUUCCCACGGCAUUGGGUUUAGACGUUGACCAACAAUUGGAGCAACUUGCGGUGCGAAAUGAAGAUGAAGACGAAGGUGAGAUAGACCUCAGAGAUGAUCUUCCAUUUCUCGCACCUAGUUCUACGGAUGGAGAACCGCAAGCAGCCGCCGAACGGCUGAUCGACGUGGCGCUGAAUCAUAGGUUUCCUAGCCACCUAGAGAAGCAGCUUCGCGCUAUCGUGCGGAAGUACGAAAUCUGGCACCUCAAACUGGGUGAUGUUCCUUCUGCUAACGUGGAGCCGGUGAGGAUUCGACUCAGGGAGGGUGCACGUGCCGUCAAACGCAAGCCCUGGCCAUACCCGCCUGCGGCACGCGCAUUCCUGCGCGAGUUUAACGACAAACUCGUUGAACUUGGUUGGGUGUAUGAGACCCAGGUAGUCGUUGGGCAAGCACUGUACUGCCUGUGCGGAUGCAAGGCAUGAGCGGUGAUGAGUACCCCUAGGCGUUCGAAUACCGUCUAGUGAAUUACCUUGUAGAGGCACUUGGUUGCCGAGUGAAGGUAACGCUGUGUGGUUAAGACUGAAUUGUACAAGUGGUACUAAAUAAACCUAUCCCU